CUAGGUUUAAGAUUUGCCUUGGGUAGUUAAGCAAGAAGCACGGACUGGAAAAGAAUUCCGCUCACGACUGUCAGGGAGCCAAUUGCUGCGUAACCUAAUUCGCAAGCCCUGCAAUCCGGGAUGACGACGCUUCGUCGCUUCACCUGUAAUGACCUCUUCACAUAUAAUAAUGUGAACCUCGAUAUUUUGACGGAGACAUACAACCUACCCUUUUACCUUACGUACCUGGCAAAAUGGCCAGAGUAUUGCCUCAUGGCGGAAGCCCCUGGCAAACAAGCUAUGGGGUACAUAUUGGGCAAGGCUGAAGGGGAUGGCGAGCUUUGGCACGGCCACGUCACAGCGGUAACAGUCGCUCCUGACUUCAGACGCCAAAACCUUGCACAGAAGUUGAUGCACGUCCUAGAGGAGAUCUCUGAGAAGGUCCAUGACUGCUACUUCGUUGAUCUGUUCGUGCGCAAAUCCAAUUCAGUUGCAAUCAAGAUGUACCGCAAGUUUGGAUACAUAAUCUAUCGGACGGUAGUGGGCUACUACACUGGGGACGAAGACGCAUACGACAUGCGGAAGGCGCUGCCAAGAGACGUGCACAAGAAAUCUAUGAUUCCAUUGAAACGCCCCAUUAAACCAGAAGAACUGGAGUGGGAAUAGGGGGUUUGUACUGCUGUGUGCUGUACGCAGUCACCCCUGGCAGUCACGUUUCUCCAUGCUGUAAGCCGCCGUUCAGAUG